AUGGCGACAAAAGCAGCCUUCAAACGGCUUACUCGUGAAUAUCAGAACAUACAAAAGAACCCACCGCCCUAUAUAAUUGCUCAUCCAUCAGAGUCCAACAUUCUUGAAUGGCAUUACAUCCUCACUGGCCCCCCUGGGACACCGUACGAGAAUGGACAAUACUGGGGUACAUUGAUGUUUCCUCCAGAGUACCCGUUUGCUCCACCAGCCAUCCGCAUGCAUACCCCAAGCGGCCGAUUUCAACCAUCUGCUCGACUAUGUCUCAGCAUCAGUGAUUUUCAUCCCAAGUCCUUCAACCCAGCUUGGGAGGUUUCGACGAUUCUUAUCGGACUACUCUCCUUUAUGACUAGCGAAGAGAUGACUACGGGUAGUGUCAGUGCGUCAGAAGCGGAACGAAGAGUGCUAGCCGCGCGAUCGAGAUGGUGGAACUCCACCGGUGGAGGGUCUCACGUCAUUUCCACUCCAGGAGUGACCCCUACAGCCAAGGGAAUCAAUAAUGUGAAAGCAGGGGAUGGCGGGCUGAAGUUUCGCGCAGAAUGGCCAGAAUUAGAUCAAGAGAACUGGAAGUGGAUGAGGGACAAUCGUAUUGACACGAACACUGGUCAACUCAUACCUGACCCAAAUGCUGCUGCUACAAAAUGUUCUCCGGAGACCAGUGCAUUACGUAGGCGCCCGAAUGGAAGUGCCCAUGGCCUCGGGGCUGUGGUAGAAGGUGGUCAUGUCGCACGAGAAGCGGGCCAAAGCUGGGUUCGACGAAAUCGAGUUUGGGUUGGUCUCGCCUUGUUGUUUGGAUAUGCGCUUGUCGCGAGACUUCUAAAUGAUGUUCAAGGUUAA